CUCAGAAAUAACAUAUGAAGGGAGGCACACUUCAAGAAGAAAUGUUGCUGUUGCAGAUAUAGUGUGCUUCUGUGACCACUCUUGCGAGCUUGAAUUGCUCCUUCAUUGCAUUUUGGUCGAUGUGACCACUCCAAGGGCAUUGUCUGGGAUGUCCAUAUGAAAUUCCCCCCAAGUGGAUGUGCUCAUGUGAAGAUUCCAAAGCCAACCUAAAGUCCUGGGGACCCACAAGGUACCACAUUGUAUCGGGAUGUACGACGGCUCAUCGACCUCCUACCAGUAGAGGAACAAGUUGGCUGCAACCAGCUUGCCUGAUGGGUGCGAUCUUCCCAUGUCGCGCCAUGCCAAGACCGAGUGGGAGGUGUCGCGGUGGUCCAUGUCCGCUUCAGGCUUGCUUUGAUUGACAGCGUUUAUUGCUACGUAUUAUGUUCCACUCUGGAGCUGAAAUGAACCCUGCCAGAUCCUUCACCCCUGCUCUGUUCAAGAGGAACUUCAUGAACCACUGGGUGUACUGGGUGGGUCCCAUGAUCUGUGGUUCUAUGUGCGCCGUCAUGCAUGACUUCAUGCUCUUCCCCAGCAUUUGUGGCCUGGCCGAGAGGGUAGCCACCCUGAAAGGCAGCCGGCCUCUGGAGCAGGACACCUGUGGGGAGCCCAUCAAGCUCAAGAUGAUGUUCCACACUGGAGCUGAAAUGAACCCUGCCAGAUCCUUCACCUCUGCUGUGUUCAAGAGGAACUUCAUAAACCACUUGGUGUACUGGGUGGGUCCCAUGAUCUGUGGUUCUAUUGGCGCCGUCAUGCAUGACUUCAUGCUCUUCCCCCGCAGCCGGCCUCUGGAGCAGGACACCUGUGGGACGCUCAUCAAGCUCAAGACCCAAGGGCUUUUCCAACUAAUGUUCUACACUGAAGCUGAAAUGAACCCUGCCAGAUCCUUCACCCCUGCUCUGUUCAAGAAGAACUUCAUGAACCACUGGGUGUACUGGGUGGGUCCCAUGAUCUGUGGUUCUAUGGGAGCCGUCAUGUAUGACUUCAUGCUCUUCCCCUGCAUUUGUGGCCUGGCCGAGAGGGUAGCCACCCUGAAAGGCAGCCGGCCUCUGGAGCAGUACAACUGUGGGAAGCUCAUCAAGCUCAAGACCCAGGCCCUAUACCGUAACCCUGCCACCAAGCUAGGGGAUGCAUGGAAGUUUAUAGCAGGACGUCUGCGUCUGCGUCUUCUCAAGCCCAGCUUCAUAGCUGUGCCCAGUCCGGGGCCCCCAGGACCAGGCCUCCAUGCCUGGGGCUGCCUCUCAGCCAGGAACACGGCAGCUCCAGGCAUGAUAUAA